CUUUUAAAUAAGUUGAAAAUUUAUUAUUUGAUUUUGAGUGUUGCAGUUGUACCAUAAAAUUAUUAUAAAAUAAAACGCAUUGAUAUAAUUAUUUUUGUCGCACAUUUUAAGUCCCCUUUAUAGUGUUAUUAAUUAAAUGAAAGUUUGCUGUUAAUUUCAAAGAAGUCGAUUUAUAAAUGUAUUAUCAAAAACAUUUAACAUUCACGAAUUACAUAGAUCAUUUGGGAGAACUUCCAAAGUGUAACAACAACCUUUUAAUUGAUUGUGAGACUGAUGAAGAACAAUGGCUUAUAGGUUGUAUAAACGAGACUUUUUCAAUAUGUGACAAAAUAAUCAAAGUGUAUCGUGUCAAUCAUAAACAAAUGUAUGGAUUGUAUUUACUUAGAAAAGCUGAACUACAACUUAAACAUUUAAUUAAAGAGCGUAUUUUAUAUCAUGUCACUUCAGAAUCUAAUGCAAUAACAUCUCUAAAUGAUGGAUUAAAUUGGAGAAAAACAAAAAGAGCAAAAUUUGGUGCUGGUGUUUCAUUUAGUGAUGAUGCUAACUAUGCAAAUUUCCAUGCCUCCAACCAAAUUCCAGGUAAUCGUGUAAUUUUGGUUUGUUCAGUAUUAAUUGGUAAUGUGUACAGACUUAAACCAUUGAAGAAUAAAAAAGCAGUGCAUAAUAUUAAAUAUCCACCAGAUGGAUUUGAUACAACUAUCAGUUCAAGUCAACGUGUGUACGUAAAAUACAAUGAUUAUGAAUUUUAUCCAAAAUACAUUGUAUAUUAUAAUAAACCAAAUAUAGAACUAUGUCGAUUACUUAAAGAAGAAAAUGAAAAAUAUCACAAACUCGUACGAUCAAUUUUAGCCUCUGAAUAUUCAUCUGUAUCUAAAAAUGUUAAGAAUAAUUAUAGUAAAUAUAGCUAUAAAUACACUCAAUCAAAUUUAAUGGAAAACCGAUUACUAAAAGAAAAAAAUCAAACACAUUUUAAGCUUGAACGGCCAAUUUCGUCACCUGAGUAUAUGUCAGUAACUAAUGAAUAUUCGAAUAGAAAUCAUGAAUAUAAACCUAAUAAUCUACCUAAAGCACAAAAUAUAAGUGCAAACCGACAACCCAAUAAUUCUAUUUGUUCUAUAUUGUGAUAUAAAAAUGUUGUAAAAUUGAAUAUUACAAUAUGCUAGUUAAUAUCUUA